AAAAGCUCAACGGCAAUCCGAAGAUGAUAAAGAUGAAACCCAUUACACAAUUUCUCAAAACAAUCAUAAUCCUCUUGUUAUUUCAACUUUCAACAACUUCACAAUCUUCACAUCGAAAGCCACCUCCACUCCCAAUUCUACCAAUCCCAAAAUCCCGUCAAAUCUCAUGGCAAAUUGCAGAAAUGGCACUUUUUCUCCACUUUGGUACCAACACUUUUACAGAUUCAGAAUGGGGUACAGGUCACGUUGACCCAUCAAUUUUUAACCCCAAAUUGUUAAAUGCAACACAAUGGGUUACAGUAGCUAAAGAUUUUGGUUUCAAAAGAGUAGUUUUAACUGCUAAGCAUCAUGAUGGGUUUUGUCUCUGGCCUUCAAAAUACACUGAUUAUUCUGUUAAAUCAAGUCCUUGGAGAAAUGGGGUUGGUGAUAUUGUAGCUGAAUUGGCUGAAGCUGCAAGAAAUGGGGGAUUGGAAUUGGGUUUGUAUCUUUCUCCAUGGGAUAGGCAUGAGCAUUGUUAUGGGAAAACUCUUGAGUAUAAUGAAUACUAUAUGGGUCAAAUGACUGAGUUACUUACAAGAUAUGGAGAGAUUAAAUAUGUUUUUUUAGAUGGUGCAAAAGGUGAUGGCGAGAAGGAUAUGGAGUAUUUCUUUGAUGAUUGGUUUAGCCUUGUUCAUCAACUCCAACCUGGAGCUUCAAUCUUCUCUGAUGUUGGUCCUGAUACGAGGUGGGUUGGGAACGAGAACGGUGUUGCUGGAAGCACUUGCUGGUCCCUUUUCAAUCACAGCGGAAUCAAGAUUGGUGGUUAUAGUGAUGCCAGAUAUUCAGCGGAGGGGGACGCCUUUGGCGAGGACUGGGUUCCUGCUGAGUGUGAUGUGUCUAUCCGAACUGGUUGGUUUUGGCAUGCAUCAGAAAAGCCAAAAAGUGCAAUGACUCUUCUGGAUUUGUAUUACAAAUCAGUUGGUAGAAACUGUCCCUUAUUGCUAAAUGUACCACCUAACUCAUCUGGUCUCAUAUCAGACGAAGAUAUACAUGUCCUCAAAGAGUUCUCCGAGCUUCGUAAUUCUAUAUUCUCCCAUAAUCUUGCAAAAUUUGCCCUUCUCUCUGCCAGCAGUACACGAGGAGAUCCGAAUGAUUCUCAGUUUAGCUCCAAGAAUGUAAUUGAGGAAGGAUUAUAUACAUAUUGGGCUCCAGAUCAGGGACAACAAUCAGACUGGACACUAUAUUUAGAAUUUCAACAGGUUAUAACUUUCAAUGUCUUGGAACUUCAAGAACCAAUUCAAAUGGGGCAGCGGAUUAUCGAGUUUCAUCUUGACAUGUUAGAUGAAAAUGGAACAUGGCAACAUGUGGUAAAUGGAACGACAGUAGGAUAUCGGAGGCUGUUACUUUUUCCUACAGUGAAAUCUCACCUACUAAGGUUUGUUAUCGACAAGUCCAAGGUGUUCCCUCUAAUCUCCCACUUGGGAAUUUACAUGGAUUCAUAUUCUGUUCCACAACAUGUCUCUGAUGAUACACACACGAAAUCAAAGUUCAUUAACAACUUAGUUUUCAGAAGAACUGCAUACAACCAGUCUCAAUCUGCUUCCAUCUAAUCUUCGUCGAGCAGCUUUGAAUCUUCUUUUUUGGUUUUUCUGAUGCUUUGGCAUGUUGUUUUUUCUUCGAUUUCAGAUGUUGUAACAUAAAGUUUAUAUAACACAACUCACUUUAGUGUGGAGCAACUUUCAAUGUACUGGACAUGGACCUUGUGAUUUUUCUAAUGCUUGUGUGAGAAAUUUUUAUAACCUGA